AUGCCCCGACGAAGAAACCUUCGCCGACGAUCCAUCACUUCCGCUGGCCCGGGCGCGCUCCCACUAGACCCUGACCUUCCGCCUCCUUCCCCCAAUCAACAACACGAGCACCACCCCGAAUACUCUUCCAACGACGAUGUGACACUCUCUUCCAGCGACGGUCUCGACGGCGAAGGUUUGUUCUGGGUUCCCGCGCAUAUCCAUCCCGAACUCGCCCCCGGGGAGUUUCGCGCAUUCCUGAAAUCGCAUACCUCGUCCGACCCGACCCACGCGGACGCAAAUGACGCUGGCGAUGCUGAAGGUCUGGCUAGGUCGUCGUCGUGGCUAUCUAGAAACCCCUCAAGGCGCUCGGAGGGGCUGGGAAGGAAACGGUCAAUGCUGAGUAGGCAAUAUCAGCCCAAGGCGGGUGAUAAUGUCGAGGAAGAAAGGCCACCAUUGCCUAGCAGACGCCCUAUGAGCAUCUAUGGUGGCAAGUCGGGAGAGAAAGGGUUGACAUUGCAGGAUUUGCAAAAGCUGGAGCAGUUGGUAGACGAGACGGAUGAGACGGAUGACCCCGAGGAUAUGAGAAAGCUGUUGAGAAGAAGCUUGAGCAUGAAUGUCGCCCCCGGAUUCCUCCAAGACGAUGUUCCCUUGCCAGACGGCUCAGAACCCCCUCUCGUCGCGCCGCGACCAGGCUCCAUUCUUCGUCGAUCAGCACGUACCAAGAUUCGCAAAGCUGGUCUGCAGGGCGACGGUGGUGGUCAUCGCUUCGCCGCUACUAGAAAAGGUCGUACAACUGCUGCUCCCCAGGUCGAGAUUCCCGGUCUGGAAGACGACGACUAUGGAUCCCCAGGGGACUCGCCUCACCGAGGCAGCGACGAGAAUACGAGCUACGAAGGUGAUGAAAAGUAUCACGACGCUCAAGAUAUAGAGCGUAGACACUCGGAUGACUCUACGGACGAAGCCUACAUCUUUGAUGCCUACGCGCACGAGCCGAUGGAGAGCUUGUCUUCUUCGUCACAUGAUCAUUCCACCUCGACAUCACCGAGCCCUGAGCGAUCUCCCCCUCAGAAGAAAAUGUCACUCCCCCCCGUCUCUGAACCCACGGACUGGUUUUCCGAGCACGAGCGCACACCUACUGCCGACAAUACCGUGGCCUCGGGAAUGGACAACCUUUCACUUGAUGACUCUGUGACACCUACGCAGCGAUCCACUCUGUUGCCCAAUGAGCACGAACUUCCUCCUGGGAUGGCUCCUCCUCAACAGCGAAUCAACCUUCCCCCUCCUGCCCCUCCUGCCCUUGCUGCGCCCGCUGCUACUCCUGCACUUGCCCCCAUCUCCACAACUCCUUACGAGCCUCCAACUCUCACAAGGACCGAUACUGGUCUUUCCACGAGCAGCACAAAUACCAAGGAGAAGGAGAAAAAGAGUAAACUCUUUGGACGGAAAAAGGAAGACAAGGAGGACAAGAAGAAGAAAAAGGACAAGGACAGGUUCCUUGGUUCGCUCUUUGGUGGAAAGAAGAAGCAGGAAGAGCCCAGUCCGGUAUCCAACUUUUCUGCCGACGGGCGAGCUGCUGCCGCCGCCUUGCUGGGUAGUUCAAAGUCUGCAAGGUCGGCUGGCAUGCCACCUUCUCCGUCACCCACUUCCCCCGGCUUCCAAAGUUACGCCCGAUAUCCUAUCCACGUUGAAAGAGCAGUCUAUCGCCUCUCGCAUAUCAAGCUUGCCAACGCUCGUCGUCCUCUGUAUGAGCAAGUACUCAUUUCGAACUUGAUGUUCUGGUACUUGGGCAUCUUGGGGAGGAAUGUGACGGAGGAGAAGAAGGCGAAUGCGGAAGAGAAGAAGGAGGAGGCGAAACCUGUGGCCAAGGGUACUCCGCCAAAGCCUGCUGAUGUUGGUACGGCCGCCAAGCCAGGGCAGGUCAUACAUCGACCCCCUUUGCAGCCCAUCAACACCACCCCUCACAUCGAACCUCAGCUUUCGUCUCCCUCCCCCCAGUCUCCGGCAAAAAAGGCGGGCCUGAUCAAGCCAGAGAGAUCGAGGGAUGGGCGCAACAGCGAGGCGGCUGUGAGGACGCCACAGUAUGGGGUUCAGACGGCACAGGUAGAGCAGGAGGUGAGACAUGCGCAGAUGAAGCAGCAGCCUGCUCAGGCGCAGCUGCCUAUGCGCUCUCAUUCGCCUCACCCGCCUCCAUCUCAGUCACAGGCUCAACCUGCGUAUCAGGCCCAUCACGCGCCUCAGCAGCAGCAACACCAUGUCCAGCAGCAGAGGUCGGUGACGCCGAGUGGACCGGCCAGAACAAUCUCGCCACCCAGCCCUGGGUUGAAUGGGCCGAGGUCUCCAGAGGGAAACUAUCACAGGGAGAUUCCUAGCGCGGCUCGGGGCGUUCCCCAAUCGUCCUUUGGUCCUCCCCCUCCACCUCAAGGACUAGAUACAAGCAGGCAGCGCACGCUAUCGAACCCCAACCUCGGUGCACCCGUUCCGGUACAAGGAGGCCAACAAAGACGGGUGGUCACCGAGGGUCGCUCUCCUGUCGACGCUUCAAGGUCCCAUCAUGGCGCCCACGCCGGGCCCCAACCGGGUCAAUUGUUCCAAUACCCAGGAGGGGCCCAGGGGCAAACGCAGGGCCAAGCUGUCGGCCCGGCUUCUCCCUUUCCUCCACGCCCUUCUCAAUCCCCGGGGCCCCAGCCUGGUCAGGUCUAUUCGCGCUCGCCUCCUCCUCUGAAUGCCCAGCAAGGUAUGCCUCCUCAGCCUGGCCAGAUCUUCCAGCAUCCCCAUCACCAGCAGCAACAGCAUCAAGGCCAUCCUUCUCAGCAACGCUACCCCCAACAAGGAUAUGGUAGACCUUUGCCACCUACGGGGCAUCAGUCGCAAACACCAGGGCAACAAUGGGAGCCUCCUCAGCGUUUACCUCCUGGUGCUAGUCCGCCUCAGUGGGCCAGUCCGGGUCCACAGAGACCGCCUGCUCAGCAGAGCGGACAGUACGAUCCGAGGAGGACAUCACCUCAAGGUGGAUACCCUCCUCCUCAGGCGGCAGGACAGGCGUUUUAUGGGGCACAGGGGUCAGCGCCUUCUCAAGGGCGACCGGUGGCGGUGCAGCAGGGGCAGGGGUACCAUCAUGGAGGAGAGUACGCACAUCAUCGGUGA